CUAUGAACUCAACCGCGUUUUUUCAAUUUUAAUCUAAUAAACUCUCACCUUAAAAACCUAAUUUUCCAACAAUUUUACUCAUAUUAUUUUGAUCAUCAUUAGCCUAAUUUGCACAAUCAAGAUUAAUAUUUUUUAAGUUUUGGUUUCACAUAAUUUCAUAACUCGAAAUGAACGACCUACUCUCCCGAUCAUUCUCCAGAGGCCGAGUAGCCGACAUCGAGAUGGGGAACGCAGCCGCAACGGACGGAACAAACCUCGAAAAGUUCUUUGGAGAUGUGGCGGAGAUCAAGGAAGAGUUGAAAGGUCUGGAAACACUUCAUAAUCACCUACAAGAAGCAAAUGAACAAAGCAAAACUCUAUACAACGCGAACGCGAUAAAAAAUCUCAGAACUAAGAUGGAUAAUGAUGUUGCUUUGUCUCUUAAAAAGGCGAAACUCAUCAAGAACCGUCUUGAAGCGCUAGAUCGUUCUAGCGACGCCAAUCGCAACCUCCCUGGAUGUAGACCUGGGAGCUCCACUGAUCGUACGCGUAUCUCUGUUGUUAAUGGACUCCGGAAGCAACUCCAAUCAUCGAUGAAAGCGUUUACUGAGCUUCGCCAGAAAAUGGCGUCUGAGCACCGAGAAACCGUUCAGCGAAGGUAUUACACCGUCACCGGAGAAAACGCGGAUGAGGCUACAGUAGAUAACCUGAUAUCAACCGGACAAAGCGAGACGUUUCUACAGAAAGCGAUUCAGGAGCAAGGGAGAGGGCAGGUGAUGGAAACAAUACUCGAAAUAAAAGAGCGACAUGAUGCUGUGACAGUGAUCGAAAGAAACCUUAAGGAACUGCAUCAAGUUUUCAUGGAUAUGGCUGUGUUAGUGGAGACCCAAGGAGAGCAACUGGACGACAUCGAAAGCCAUGUGAACCGUGCGAAUUCGUUUGUUCGAGGUGGCGCACAGCAGUUGCAGGUGGCAAGGAAGACACAAUUGAACACAAGAAAAUGGACUUGUUUUGGGAUUCUUUUGCUGUUGAUCAUCAUUGCCAUUAUUGUUCUUUCUAUUAGGCCAUGGAAGUAGAAGAGUUCUACGCGUGCUUCUUGACUUGUACAUUUUUAUUUUGAUUAGUAUUGGUUGAUUGGCAUAAAUAUUAUGAGAUAUUGUUGCACUGAACUAAACUUGAGAGUACUUGUUUGAUGUAUAAAUAUUGUUGAAAGUAUUUGUAACUUAUUUGAGCGUA